AUGACCAAGAAGAGCUCUGAUAAAUUUGUCCAAAAGUCGCGCACCUUUUGGCUCACCCUCGUCCGCCUACUGAUGCACCUUCUGCGAAGCAUCUAUCAAGGCCAUUGCGACGACCAGACCAGAGAGAGACCAGAGCGAACCAGCAGGCAGAUCACCGCCCCAGAAGAGGAUUCGAAUGGCAUCGAUCCGCGGAUUGCAGAGCACCGGCGACUGCUGGAGCGCAGGGCCGAGGAGUACGCCAAGGUGGAGCUGCUGCACCGCCUGCUCGUCCGGCAGCAGCUGCACGAGCUGCAGCAGCGCAGGCUGAUGCGAUUGGCCCUUGCGCGGCGGCGGCUGCAGUUCUCCAAUUAG